UACAAGUACUUUUGGUUACCUGAUGGAGAGAAACAGAUCAUUCCUGCACUUUCUUUGCGUGAUCCUCCAUCCCCUGAACCAAAGAAAUCUAACCGUCAAGAAAGGCGACAUCGUCGUGAUAAACCAAGUUCAAUCAAGCAAACACCUACGUUAGAAGAGGACGAUGAACCGACAGCUACAUCAUCAUUUGUUGAAUGUGAGAUGGAUGAAGUACCUCACCUGUUUGUGUUACGGAUAAAUGAUGGCCUUAUGCUUCAAGUAGGAAAUAUAGUAAAAGUAGAAAAUUUUGUUGGUCCUCUCAUGAUUGUUGAUUUAUCACACAAACACAAUGAACUUCUAGCAAAGCUUUGUCUUUUUAAUAUUGUUCUUAGCAAAAUGUUUGAAGGUUUUGUUUCUAAUCGUCUCUGGGUCCACCUAGGUCGUACCCUCUCUUAA